AUGGACUGGCUUGGAUAUGCAAAGAUCGACUUCACCCACGCGCCAUCGCCUGUGUCUCUCAGCGAAAAUGAUGGCAAUCAGACAGACUUGCUCAAGGUCUGUGAGAAGAUCACACCGCCAUGCCGGAUGAACCCGCUCCUCUUCAAUGGCCAUCUGCAGACAAUGUGGACGGCCACCAAGCAACACGGGCCCCCGGUGUACUAUCGCCGGAAGGUGUUCCACGCCGAAGACAAGGCAUUCGAUGGUACCUUUGCCGUUGACUUUGUCACGGAGCCCUUCAAAGAUGUGGACAGUACACUGCCGCCUCGGACGAAGUAUUUCGAGGACCAGGACUUUGAGACACUGCCUUCGGACGACGACAGGCCGCAGCUGAUUGUGCUCCACGGCCUUUCAGGAGGCUCUCAUGAGAUCUACCUAAGGCAUGCCAUUGCGCCAUUAAUCGACUCGGGCAAAUGGGAGGUGUGCGUGGUGAACUCGAGAGGCUGUGCGAACAGCAAGUUUACCAGCGGCAUACUGUACAAUGCCAGAGCGACGUGGGACUUUCGUCAGUACUGCGGAGAGGAGGGCGUCAACUGUGAGCUGACGGCCGCUAUCGCGUGCUCCAACCCCUUCAACCUCGAGGUCGCAAACAAGGCAUUGAAGCGAAAUUUCCUCGGCAGAGAGGUUUACCAAAGAGUCAUGGGCACCAGCAUGAAGCAGCUCAUUGCUGAUCACAAGGAAGAGGUGCAGAAGCACACAAACCUGGAUCUCGAACGUAUCCAGAACUUGACAUACCUCUGGGAGUUUGAUCGAGAAGUCCAAUGCAUAAGCUGGGGAUAUCCCACGGAGAGUGCUUACUACCGUGAUGCGUCAUCUUGUGACGCCGUCUUGGCCAUCAGGAUUCCGUUCCUUGCCCUUCACGCAACAGACGAUCCCAUUGCUGUAAACGAAGCCAUCCCCUAUGAGGAGUUCGAGAAGAACCCGUACACUGUUCUGUGCACGACCUCUCUCGGCGGACACCUCUGCUGGUUUGAGCCCGGCGGUGGAAGAUGGCACGCGAAGCCGGUUGCGAAUUUCUUCAACCAUAUGGCUUUCAACGUAGACCACAGCCAGCUGCCUCCCAAGACGACCAGCGCUCCGCCAACGAACGGCAAAUCGGAGUUUCACUUCAACCCUGUGAGACGCAAGAUGGAAAUCAAGGCAGGCUCGGAUUAG